AUGCAUGCCACAGCCUUUGCUUUGCUGACUGCCCUAAGUGCAUCACUUGUGUGUGCUCAGGGAUAUAGUAAAGAAUGUUCCGACAUCUAUCUCCAUGAAGGUUGGCUAGUUGCAACUUGUCCCAAGGAUGACAACAACGGCAAAAUCACUAGCAGCGUCUAUCUGCCAAACAAGAUUGCCAACAUUAAUGCUGUUCUCGAGGACCAUAUCGCCAACUAUGACGGGCACCUCCUUUCCAACCUCACCGGGGCCGUGACCCAUAUCCCAGCGGAUUCCUCAUAUCCCAUUCCCUCGGAAUUUGAGGUGGAGCUUGACAUGUCAACACUGAACAACUCGUGCGCCUCAUAUGGAGGAACGAUCAUACUUAAUGACCCAACAAGCUGCUGGUAUCUUAACAUCGGAGUAGAAUAUUCCUGGGCAUGCGGCAACUCGGUGCACAACCAAGGCUGGGAGAUUGUGGGGUAUUCCGAUAAAGAUUGCACAAGUGACCCGGUUGCGACCUUCACACAGGAAAACCAGGGCACUUGCUUGACGUUUUCGACAGGUGUCAAAGGAUUCUCAUCCACCAACGCCCCUGACUUGGUCACAGUUGUCAGCCACCACACCCGCCGACCCGCAAACAUGAGAGAGGUGGCAGAAAUGUGGAAGAACAUCCUGGUAGGGUUCUUUCCCAACAGAGAGUAUGCUCCGUUCCCCUUCCGAGACACCCACUACUACAUCAAUCUCGACCUGAACACUCACGGCUACUUGGGCCUAGGCUCCGUCGUGCGCACUCAGGGUUUCAACGCGGGCAUCCACUUUCUCCAGGUCAGUUUCACGGCAGCUCCAGCCGACGGCUCCGCUUUCUCCUGGGAGGGAAAUGAGCACUUUCUGAAGCGGGAGCUACGUCGUUCGCUGCAGAGUGUUCCUGAGGACCGCAAGCGCGCCAUCUAUGGACUGAUUGCGAUUGGAACAUAUGUGCGCUUCUACAGGUACUUGCCUGACGGUCGGUUUGCUCCUGUCACCUUCGUGGAUGGCAAGCAGACACUGCAUGUCCGCGGUGACCAAGCAGUCAUCCGAGAAUUCCUCGCCGGCGUUAAGGAAGAGUGGAUGUGA